ACGCAGCCGCUCGCGCCGGCGCGACUCUGCCGUGCGCCGCGGCAGCCGGGGGACGCGGGCGAUGGCCGCCUUGCGGCCCCGUAGGAGGGCUCUGGUCUCUCCGCUCUGCCGCGCCUUCUCUGGACCAGGCUGUCAGCUCGCUCCCGAGCGAGCUGGGGAGCGCAGGGAUACGGCGCCGAGCCGGGUCUCAGGAUUCUGCCCUCCAAGAAAAUCUUGCCAUGAUUGGAUAGGACCCCCAGACAAACAUUCAAACCUUCGACCUGUUCAUUUUUACGUCCCCGAAAAUGAAUCACCAUUGGAACAAAAGCUACGAAAAUUAAGACAAGAAACACAAGAAUGGAACCAACAGUUUUGGGCAAACCAGAAUUUGACAUUCUGUCGGGAAAAAGAAGAAUUUAUUCGCUCAAGACUAAAAGCUAAAGGCCUGGAACUGAGAACCGGAUCAGGUCAGAAAGCAACAUUAGAUGCAGAAGAAAUGGCUGACUUUUACAAGGAAUUUUUAAGUAAAAAUUUUCAGAAACACAUGUGUUAUAACAGAAAGCUCUGUGCCCGAUGUGGGGCUUGAACUCAUGACCCUGAGAUCAAGAGUUGCAUGCCCUACUGACUGAGCCUGCCAGGUGCCCCUGGAACUGGGGAUCCUCAAAGUUCACGCGUGCUGCGCCCUCGCAGCAAAGGGCACGUGAUGGCAUUCCGUCUGGGGUUCUGUGAGGACAGCGGGGUCGUUCCUGCCACAUCGAUUCGACCCACUGCGUGCCAGGCCCUGCUCGAGGCACUGGGAAUAGAGGAGCAGUGGAGGAGGGAGCCCUGUUGGGCCACCCACCUGUCUCGUGACCCCAGUGUCCUGUGCCCAUGGUGGGGACCGCCAUCCUCCUUGCCGGACAGCACCCCUUCUCAGACGUCCUGCUCACCCCACUGGUCUUCCAGGAAAGUAAUUUCUUUCCUUUCAUGCCAUUGAAAACGAAUUGAUCAAUCUUCCAAAAAUGUGCGGGCUGCUUCAAGCUGCAUUUGUA